GUCUUGGUUUAGCAAAGCUGGAUUUGAAUAGAUGCCAGUCAGAUGAAGGUGUGGAUCCCAUGUCAAGUCAGGUAUAUUCACAGAACACCGGGAACUGGGGGGAAGUGUUCGUAGUUCCUUACACGCGUCUUUCAUCUUUCUCGCUCGACUCUUCAACAACCGGUAACACCUCAAGUCUCUCUCCAUCUCCAUCAACGUCCUUGUAAAGCCUCUUCAUCAACCUCUCUACAUACCGUCAGCAUAGUGUACCAUCGUGUUGGAAAGUGAAGCUCGCUAAAAAAAAUUCUCGUUCUUUUCCCUUUUUCCCUGGUAGCGGGAAUUACUUCAUGAGACAAUUCUUCUUACGUUGAGGUUUCCUACCCCUUUUGGUUCUUCAGGAUGCCUCUGCCACUACCCGGUGAUGAUGGUCAAGUGCAAUUCAUGUUCACGGUAGCUAGGCUCACGCCUGGCAGCAGCCAGCCACGCCGCCCAGAGACUGAUGAAGAGGAGAUGCUCAAAUGUAUGCAGCUGUACAAACUUGGGGUGCCUCUUUAUACCCGUGAGGCGAUUCUGAACGCGUACGGUCAGCUGAAGGUCAGCAAACGAGGCGAUGCCAUCAAGGUCAUGGCCAUAGACGGCACUAGUGUCGACUUUAUCAUCAAUACUGGCAGAGUCUGGGUUGGUGCCGAUGGAUAUGAGCGUGAGCUUAUUCGUGUCGCCCACCGAGUCAUCACACGCGACCCGAUCACCAAGGAGAGAUUCGAAUAUGGGGUUACCGCGUUCGAGAAGGUCCGGUUGAACCUCUUCACCACUCUCCACUUCUGGCGGAAUAGCCCCUACUACCAGCUGCUCCGGCACCUGCUGGACGAGUACCCCAAGAUGCCCCGGAUCACCAAGAUCAUCGGGUUCGACUGCGGCAGUAUGUCCCGCGACAUGCAAGGCCAGCCGUCCAACAACUCCCGUGCUCGCUACCAGCAUGCAUUUCUCAUCGCGCUGAAGGAGUACCUUGACGCCCGCAACUUCGAGACCACUGGGCAGGAGGUCCGCGUGUACGUGCAGAAUGAGACGUACCUUGAGCGGGAUAUUGAGGUCAUCCGGCAGUUCGGGGUACAAAUGCUACAAGAUCCGGAGGGGUUCCUCGUUAUCGAUGAGGAGACCGUGGUUUUCGCAUGUCGACCCGAGUGCCCGGUGAGACAGAUUGUGGCAGACCUGGCGAUGCCGGCAAUGAUGAUCUGGGAUCAUGAGAGAGAUUCAACCAGGGUCAACGGGGUGCCUGUACAGCGCAUUUUUGACCCCUGGUCCACUCGCCUAGACAGUAUGAUGAGGUUCUACCAUGUGCAGGACUUUCUCAACGAUGAGAUCAAUUUCGAUAAGAUGGAUGUGUGUAUUCGUCGCCCUAUGGCAGAUGUGUACCACGGCUUGAAUGAUCCAGGACCUGGCGGCGAUGCGAAUAUUGCCCAGCCAGUCGCGUAG